UCUUCCAUUCCAUUUCCCUUCUCGUUUGGCUCUUCGUCUCCCCUCCACCCACCUCCACCAUAUUUUCUCUUUCGCCGGCUCUUUGAGUGCUUCUUUCAGCGUAUAGAGACAGUAGCAUUGGAAGAAAACCCAAGAAAUGAGAGAUUUGUAAUGAUAAUUACUCCUCACCAACCGAAAUCCUCCCUUCAAUCCAACUCUACGCCCACCCAAAAAGUAUAAUCUUUAAUCUCCCAACAGAAUCAUUAAUCCGCCAUUACUGUAAACCAUUUUUGGGUUUUUCUUUUCUCUGUAAAAAGAUUGGUUCUUGGGCUUGAUUUUGACCUCAACAGUGUUUCUUCCCUCUCUGUUCUCUUUCUUGAGACAGCCAUUACUCAAAAGAUUUGUUUUUUAUUUCGUUAUCAUCUCCAUUUUUUGGAGGAGGAAAGAGAAAAGAGAAAAUAAAAAUGGCCGAGGUACUAAAUUCGUCACCAUCAUCUCACUUCUCUUCACCUUCAAGCUCCCCUUCUACUCUAUACGAAGCCAAUGAUAGCAUUACAACCCCACAUGCUCUUUUUAACAUUUCUCAAGACGACGACGAAGAAGAAGAAGAAAGAAGAGACGAAAGAGAGAGGGAAAAGGGACAUCAGCUGUCGGCAUUGGCGAUUCUGGUCUCUGCAUUCCGGAAAUCUGUGAUCGGUGGGUGUGUUGGUGAAGAGAUUUGUUCAAUGGAGAUUGGGGUUCCUACGAAUGUUAGGCAUGUUGCUCAUGUGACCUUUGAUAGGUUCCAUGGCUUCCUUGGUUUGCCCGUUGAGUUUGAACCAGAGGUCCCUAGGCGAGCUCCUAGUGCAAGUUUCAACGUGUUUGGAGUCUCCACAGAGUCGAUGCAGCUCUCGUUCGAUUCUAGAGGGAAUAGUGUGCCUACUAUACUCUUGAUGAUGCAGAGGCAUUUGUACGCUAGAGGUGGACUUCAGGCAGAAGGGAUUUUCAGAAUCAAUGGUGAGAAUGCGCAGGAGGAAUACAUAAGGGAGCAGUUGAAUAGAGGGGUCAUACCGGGUAACAUUGAUGUGCAUUGCUUGGCUGGUCUCAUAAAGGCCUGGUUUAGAGAACUUCCUAAGGGAGUGUUGGACUCGCUCUCACCAGAGCAAGUGAUGGAGUCUCAGACCGAAGAGGAGUGUGCCCGACUCUUGACAUUUCUUCCCCCCACCGAAGCUGCUUUGUUGGAUUGGGCGAUCAACCUUAUGGCCGAUGUUGCAGAGAUGGAACAUCUAAACAAGAUGAAUGCUCGCAAUAUCGCAAUGGUUUUUGCCCCAAACAUGACACAGAUGUCGGAUCCAUUGACGGCUCUGAUGUACGCAGUGCAAGUGAUGAACUUCCUCAAGAACCUUAUUGUCAGGACACUCAAAGAACGGCAAGAAUCUCCGCCCAAGUCAAAUCCAGUCUCGGAUUCUGGACCUUCGGAUCAGAACGGAGACCAAAGCACCAGUCGUCAACUACUGCAUCUCAUGAAAGCAAGCGAGGAAGCGUCAAAUUUAUCUAACGAGAAGCAGAGAGCUUCUCCCGCCGAAAUCAAAGAAGAGGAAGAAGAAGAUUCUGCUGCAGAACAAGAAUCUCCAGACAUUAAAUCUCUGAUCCGAAGCUGCCCUUGUAAGAUAUUGUCGAGAAUGAACGGUGGAGAUUGGAAAAACCCAGUGGCAAUGGUGAAGAAGCCUGCUGAGAGAGAGGUUGAUGAUUUGGAUCUGAGUAAGGGAGGGAAGGCGAGCAGUAUCAUUGGACGUGUGAAUUUCAGAGUGGAGCUUUUCGAAGCUUGGAGGUGAAAACAUGCAAGUCUUGAUUCUUGGUUUUUCGUUGUUCUUCCCUGUUCUGUGGAUCUGUUGUGAUGAUGGGUUUGUUGUCGGAUGGAUUCUGGUUAUGCCACCUGGAGCUUGCUUGUGUUUCAAGAAACCCUGCUUUGGAAGUUUUCUGCUUCUCGAAAUGGUUUGUCUUGAAAGCAGAAUCUGUAGUGAAAACGCGCAUUCAAAGUGGUUUUAUUCACUUUUUUUUUCAUAAAUUUUGCAUGAUCUCAACUGGGUUGUAUUUAAAAAUAAAUAUUUUGAAUUCAGUU